UGAAGCCAUCUUGUCCCUUCUGCGUUGUCUCAACAGAGAUGAAUGUAAAGGCUUAAAGACGGUUGCUCAUUUAUAUGAUGGCUACACAGCUGCCACGCCUCAUAAUGUUUGUGUAACAGUCCCAUAUAAAACAGGCAGAGAGCAGCACAUUCUGCACACACCACACAGCUUGUUGGUAUUUUGCUGCACUGGAUCUGAGGACCAUGUCUCACAGUAACAAGAUUUCAGUGGUUGUCCUGGGAAGUGAAGAUCAUUUGAAGAAAGCCUUAAUAACCCUCAUCCUAGGGACAGACUUAUCUCUGCUGCCCAAAAAGAAUGAUCUGAAAGAACCUGGGAUAUAUGAAAAUGAUAUGCAUUCAGUCAUAUGUCCACCAGACAGAGCAUGUAAUGACUUAAAAAACGUAUUUGCUCCUAAUCAAGACCCAGACAUGUCUUUGUUGGUGGUAAAAAAAGGGUUUACAACAGAAGAGGUGUGGAAGCAGGUAGACAAUCUGCACAGAAUAACUGGAAAACCCACAGAGGAGUUCAUAGUUGUGUUGCCAUUGGGCAAUAAGGAGUCUUUUUACCCAUUCAAAUGCUACACCUUGGAUCAAGUUUUCCGUAAACUGACCCAACUGGCUGAAGAGAGAGAAUCCACCAGCACAAGGCUUCCUGCCCAACCUGCUGCGUCAUGGUCACAAACACCACCCCACCCAAUGAAGGAAGGACAGCACCCUACCACCGAAGUGAACCUUGUUCUGCUGGGAAUGACCGGGGCUGGAAAGAGUGCAAGUGGAAACACAAUCCUCAGAAAGAAACAGUUCAUUUCUAAAGCUAGUUCCAAACCGGUCACCACAGAGUGUCAGGAGGCAAAAACUGAGAUAGGAGGUAGACGUGUCCGUGUCAUUGAUACCCCCGACAUCUUUGAUGAUAACAGGAAGUCACCAAAUAAGGAACAUGUGAGGAAAUGCCUGGAGCUCUGUCAGUCAGGACCUCGUGUGUACCUACUGGUGAUUCAUGUUAGCAGAUUUACAGACGGAGAGAGAGACAUACUGAAAAAGAUGGAAACAGCUUUUGGCAGGGAAGUUGUAAAACAAACAGUCGUCCUGUUUACACGUGGUGGAGAUCUGCAGCAUGGAGGGAUGAGCUUUGAGGACUUUCUGUGUGGCUGUCAGCCUGAUCUCAAGAAGAUAGUUGAGAAGUGUGGAGGAAGGUGUGUUCUCUUUGAGAACAGUGCUUCAUAUUCAGAUCAAGUGGAAAAGCUGCUGCAGAUAGUGGACAGGAUGUAAA